CUUGCUGGUCUGGACUGAAAAUAGCGAAAACAGAACUUAUAGUUGCCUGAUCGAUAAGCGCGCAUCCUUUUGCCUUUCGUUCACCCACACUCCAUUGUUUUGUCAAGAUUUGCCUUCGACUUUCGAAGUCGUUGAGUGGUCCAGCUAGACCCCGUGAGGCGGUGAUGUGAAGUGACGAGUGGCUGCCGAGGACGCGAAUCUGGUCGUCUCUGAGUCAACUUUUGCCGAGACGUUUGUUGUUUUCAAGUUUGCAGACGGAUUUGCUGAGAACUCACCGUCGGGAAGGUGAGGUCACGGUUGCCUGUGCAGUGCAACUCUUCAGUGGAGCAGCGAGUGUGUGUGUGUGUGUGUGGAAUGACUAGUGCAUAGUGCCGGCUGGCCGUCAGAGCACGAUGAUGCAGCGGGAAAGAGACGCAUCGCUUGAGCGCAGCACCCGCCAGCGUGCCGACAGGACCGAUGACGGCCGUGCAUCGAGUCAGGCAUCGCCGUCGCCGUCAAGAUCAGGUGUCCGAUCGGUAGCCACUGGAGCACCAGGCCAUUCACCCAGGAAAUCUUCGGCGAGGCUUUCUUCAGGACUUUCUCCAACCGAGCGACUUCCACGGGAAGACUUGUCUCCCAGGUCAGCGGGAAGAAGCCCUCGUGACCGAUCAACGUCACCAAAUCAAACGCCCAGGGCCAGUAAGGCAAGCCGCAGAUCUCUAACGUUUGAUUCUCAUGUGCAACUUGACGGCAGCCCUGCUGGGAAAAGAGCAUCCAAGGUUGUGACCGGUAAACAAUCUUCCCAGGGUUCUGAUAAAUCUGUUGAUUCAGCAGUGCAGCUGACUGUGACAGCUGUGUCACCCAAGAAAGAAACAACGGAUGAAUGUACUGUAGUCGCAAGCAAGAAGAAGGGGCUUGGUGACCCGCGGUCUGAUAAUAGUACUACCGCUGUCACCAGCCUGGUGAAAAACUCAUCUUCCACAGCCUCCAUUAGCUCAGUGACAUCAACAGCUGAAGAUAGCGGUGAGCUGCAUGAAGCUAGUGCACUGGCCACCAGUUCAGUGACAAACGAAGUCGGGAUGGAUGUGAGCGACUCUUGCACGGAUGCAUUACAUCUCGAAGCCAUCGCCAGUGGUAGUGACAGCUGCAAUGACAAAGAGGUGGAGUCGUCGUUUGCUAGGAAAGACACUUCAGAUGCAGGCAGCAGUGUACUCAACUCCAGGGCACAUGGCAAAGCCAAUCAAGGUGGCGGGGUUGAUGGUGGUCAUACCGGUACAACAAAGACUCGGACAAACCAAUCUUGUAGAGACUUGUCACAGUCGCCCACACCCAGCAGCAGCAUGAAAUCAACGCCGAGGCGUAAUCACGGUGCAAGCAGAGCAGCUGCUGCUAGUCCUGUUGCUGGUGAUGGCGGAGAGGUACGUCGAUCCAGUCGCUCAAACAAGACAACUUGGAAACAGCGCUACAGCGAUCCUGUACAGUAUCCACACGGCGACCGAGCGUCUAAGUUUGAUCGGAAUGCCCCGGCGCGGACGGUCGGUUCAUCUGGUGGAGGGGAUGCGGAUAACGAUAAUUACUGCUGGCAGUGCCACAAGGAAGGUCAGGUCAUCUGCUGUGAUGGCUGUCCGCGAGUUUUCCAUGUCAAGUGUGCCCAGCUACCCGCUGAACCAGAGGGUGACUGGCUCUGUCCUGUGUGCCGGGAAGUGAAUAAUGCACAGAAGAUUGACGGCAGUGCUGAAAGUCUGAACAAGAUGUACUUGUUUAUACUGAGCCAGAUGGAGACCUGUCAACGGGGCAAUGUAUUUACCAAACCGGUGUCAUUGGAGAAAUUCCAGGAUUACUCUAAGUUUGUCCUUCAUCCGGUCUCGUUGGAUUCGCUCAGGGAGAAACUACGAACGUUGUCUGAUCCAGUGUUUCGGAACCCUCGCGAAUUCUUGCACGAAGUAAAGUGGAUAUUCCACAACUGUGCUAUCUACAAUGGUGACGCUCAUAAACUUACGGCAAUGGCACAGCAUAUGGUGCAAUUUUGCCACGAUCAGGUGGUCCUGCUGGAGUUAUGCUCACCCUGCUUUACACACAUGACCAAGUUGAACUCGACCUCGUUCAGCUACCGCACACCCAAUCCGGACUGUACUAAGGAUCACAAGCUAGUCUGGGCUAAGCUGCGUGGAUACCCGAUUUGGCCGGCAAAGGUGAUGAAAUCGAGCAAAUCUCCCGAAGGUGAAAAGUACGAAGUCAUGUUCUUCGGUGAUCAUAGCCAUUGCACCACGCUGGCAAAGAACACCAAGCCAAUCACCAAAGAACCUGGAGUAGGCCCAUCGGCUGCAACAGGUUGUCACGGAAAAUUCUGGCGACAAGCACUUGAAGAAGUUCAGACGUAUAGUGAACUCGAAGGCACUGCUCUUCCAGAAGUGCAGAAGCUGGUGUCAGCAUUACCUGCAGCGGCACCAUUGCUUUCGCAGUCCAAUCAAGAUGCUGACUCCAGUGGUCCAGGUAGUAGGUCUGUUUCUCCUGUUGAAGUGCAGCCAGACUCUUCGUCAUGUUCAACAGCGAAGGCUGCUGCUGUCACUGCUCCUGCUGAGAAGCAGCAACACAGCAGUCCUGUUCCUGCUAGGGCGAAGAAACAUACCGGAUCACUCUCCUCUAGUAAACCAGCAAAACCAUCAACAGCUCAACUACCAUCCGCGGCAAUAGCUUUAAGCGCUGCUGGAGCAGCCGCUUCCAAACUUUCAGCUAGUGCUAAGCCUGCAGCUAGUGCCAAGCCUGCAGCUAGUGCAAAGCCUGCAGCUAGUGCUAAGCCUGCAGCUAGUGCUAAGCCUGCAGCUAGUGCUAAGCCUGCAGCUAGUGCUAAGCCUGCAGCUAGUGCUAAGCCUGCAGCUAGUGCUAAGCCUGCAGCAGCGUCCACUACAUCAACGUCUAGCUCAGCAGCAGCAGCAGCAGCAGCAAAGCGGACAUCAGCGAAAGGAACCGUGUCGACAUCCAGAUCUAGGAAGCCAGUGUCAUCUCACACUGCCAGUGCUCCUGUCACUGCUGCUGUCACUGCUGCUGCCACUGCUGCUGCCACUGCUGCUGCCACUGCUGGCAGCAAUAGCAAGACAGCAGUGCAGUUGGUGCAAUCCGAACCUGUUGAACAUUCCUCAUUGGCCCAGGCUGCAUUGUCUGAGUAUGUGGAUGAGGGUGAUGGUGAGGUAGAGGAUAGCGCUGGCAACCAAUGGGUAUUCAACUAUGAAAAUCACAAUGAUCGGGUGGAAGAUGUAGUUCUGGUUGUCUCUGACCUAUCAACCACCGACAACACACCAUCGACUGACAACACUUCCUCAGAGCAGUCCAAAGGUGGAAAUGGCGGCUCUCCGCAUUCUACACGAUCGAGUUUGAAGCGCGGUCGCUCAGCAUUAGAGCAGGUUACACCUCCCCGUGGAGAUGCCGGCACCGCGUCAAAGGCAGGUAACUGUGCGGCCGCGCCAGGUGCCAGUGCCAGUGCUAUUGCUGCCUGCGAUAGUCCCGUGUCGCAGGCCAAGCGGCGUAAGGACAUUCCCGCUCUGGCUGCCAUGGAUGUAUUUCCAGACGUAACGGAACUUGCAGCAGAUGAUUGCCUCUCUCCCAGUGCCUCGUCUCGUUCGGCCACCCCAUCUCACACAGCACAGAGUGCAACUGGAAAAAACACGGACAACGGACAGGCUGCUUCAUUGCAAGAGACAGAGUAUGACAUAGUCAUGGCAACAGAAGAUUGCCUAGGAUACGGUGUCGCCAUGGCGAGGGAAGACUCGGGCACGGACGGUACACACACCCACUAUCCCACUGCUAGCACCAGUGCUAUUGGUCCUGCGCGCGAUCCGGUCACCAUGGUAACCUACGGAACUCAUCCAUCUAGCACUGCGAGGGAGAAUGAAUCCAGCUGUCGGGAUAGUUCACAGUACUGGGAGUACAAUGACCAGAUCAGGGCCGUGUGCCAGCUGAAACUGCAGCGUCCCGACUGGGACCAGAGACAGAUUGCUCAGCAUCUUGCCUCUAGCCGGCAGAUGAAGAUUCCAGAGUCGCUUGUGCAGCGCUUCUCCGAGGCGUACACUUUUGACUCUAAGAAUGAAUGCUUGCUGUUUUGCCCGUUGCGAGAGAGUAGUCCUCCUCGGUUAUGCGUCAGCGCGAAAGAGCUGGUCGCUCUGAUUCGUGAAUCGCACAAAGCAAAGCACGAGUCAGUGGAUGCGUGCUUCAAGAGCCUCCGUGUGAACUAUUAUCCGGUUUUCAGAAGGUUUGUAGUCUGGGUGUUCAAAGAGCGUCUCAAGUGUGACGUCUGCAAUCGCAGGUUGUCUACUUUGAAAACUGCCAUGCCGCAAUGGCCUGGGGCUGGUUAUGGAGGUGGUGACGGUGCAGCAAGUGAACGCGAUGCCGUUGCACCUCAGGUUGCGGCGCUGACCGAAGCUACUGUUUCACCUUGGUCAGAACUAGUUCAAACCGUCCCUGUCGGUGGUCAUGACAUUGCCGCCGCUGUCACUGAACAUGCUGAUGAUGUGCGAGUAGCAAGUGCUUCUGCAUUGUCUACCGUUGACACUGCUGCUGGUGCAGAUGGUGCAGAUGGCGCUGACGACGACGGCGAUAUAGAGGCUGCAUGGGCAGUGGCCGCUAGCAGUGCAUCGGCUCUCUCUACACGAGUAGUGUCAGGUGAUGGGUCAGGUGAUGGGUCAGGUGAUGGGUCAGGGGUGCCUAGUGAGGCUAGUGAGGAGAACUGUCUAGCUGGUAAGGAAAGCGAUGGCGAUGCUGCUGAUAUGUAUUUAGAUUGGUGCAAUGCCACCACUGGGGACGCUCCUCCUGAUACAGACGCUCCUGAUGAUAAUGAUGAUGAAAAGAGUGAUUGUAAUGUCCAUGACAAGACAGGAGCGUCUCUGCCACUGCCACCGCCACCACCACUGUCACUGUCACAGCCACUGCCUGUGCUUCAGCCGCUACCAAGAGCCACACAAGAGCUUGCUGACGGCUUGCAAGUCGGCAACGGCAACAGCUUGGUAACUGACAGCAGCAGCUUACGCAUGUCCACUCCAGAUUGUACAUCGACACGUCCAGCUAUGGCCACUACUGCUGCGGCCGGUGCUGCUGCUGCUACUGCUGCCAGUUCGAAAGAUGGUACGACUCGGAUGAAGACCAAAUCGUUGACAAAAGAUCGGUUUGGUGAUAAAUUCUGGGAGAUCAUGGACGAUAUCAUGGCUAUCUGCAAGGUCAAGGAGAAAAACCCUGACUGGGGCAAGAGGAAAAUAUCUGUGCAUCUUGGCUCGUCACUGCAGAUAGACGUGUCACGCAUCCAGCGCAUUACUGAAUCGUUCCUCUACGACCCAGCCAAAGACUGCCUGCUGUUCUGUCCCAUGGGCCAGAGCAUCCCCCCGCGCCUGUGCGUCAGUCGUCAGGAGCUGAUCACGCUGAUUUGCAGCACGCACCAGAGCAAUCACCGGCCGGCGGAGGUGUGUUACAACAGCUUGCGGACGCACUACUACCCGGUCGUGCGCGGCUUUGUCAUCGGCGUCUUCAAGGACUACGUCAAAUGCGACCAGUGCCGAAGCAGGUCGUUCCGUGCGCACGCCGCCAGGGUGUUGGCGGUGCGUAACGUUGACCUUCAUGCUAGUGACGGCGAUGACAGUGGUAGUGCCUCCGUCACCACCGCUGACAAUACCAGCACUGCCACCGCUAGCAUUGCCGUUGUCGCUGCCGAGGCCGCCAAGGCUGCUGCUCAUGCAGUGGCUACAGCGGCUGCAGUCUCUGCUGCUACUACCUCUGGUGGUGAUCAGGAUGACGAGGACGACAAUGAUCUGGAUGAUCUGGAUGACGCGGUGGACGAUGAUGACGACGAUACCGAUGGCUUAUCACUACCACCAUCGCGGGCAGAAGUUGCGUCCGGCUCAGCAAUGUCAUCUAUGGAUGCGUCUUUCGCGGCAGACAGACCCAGUGAGCCGUCCGCUGAUCACAGCCCGUUGCCCGGUGAUAGUCUUCCUGAUGGUAUUAGAAGAGGGGUACAGUGUCAGGCAGCAAGAUAUGCUGCGCCCACCACCACCGCCGCCGCCACCAGCAGCACAUCUUCAGGUGGAGCUACAGCAGUGACUGGUGUAGCGGCGGCUGCUUGUGCGACGACGGCAUCGGCACCAGCAGUGGCAGGUGUUGUCGCUACACCGCAGAGUAGUGGUUCUGCUGGGAGGUCCCGUGCGGGCCACUCAGCAGCUGUGCCACCGGCUGCCAGUAACACAGCAACGCUGCGUACAGCUAGCUGUGAAGGGUGUGUCUGCCAGCAAGAUGCUAUGAAGGAGUUUGUAGAGAACAGUACAGCUGUGGUGCGGAAGUCCUGUCAGGACAUGAUGCAGCAGAUGACUCGGCAACUAGUGGACCAGCUAACGCGCCAGCUGAAGGUUGACAUUGAUCUGCCCAGUCUCCUCUCGUCCAUGACAAGUUCAACAAUGUCAGCAGCAGCAACAGCAGCAGCUGUGAACAGUGCCGGUCUGGAGGAAGCCUUUAAGAAGCGUGAGCGCGACCUCGUCGAGUCGCAUAAAGCAGAGUUGGAAAAACUGCGCUUGCAGUACGAGCAGCAGCGCCAGCGAGCUGUGCAUGAGACCAAGAAAUGCAUUUGGUGCAAUGCAUGCCCCAAAGAGGCCAGCUUCUUCUGCUGUAAUAACGUUAACUAUUGCAGCACGGAAUGCCAAACAAAGGACUGGCCGCUGCACAUGCACCAGUGCAGCCAGAGUGAAUCAGCUACCACCUCAAUUCCCCGUGCAGAAUCCUAAUCAGCAGCGAAUGUCUUCGUGAGCACAGUCACCUCCAUUAUCCCGUCUAGCUCCGCAUCUUAACCUGUGUCCGCGUGCGCUGGCUUAUCGUCCUUAUCACCACUGUCCUCUCGCUCCUCACUCGAUACCAGGCCAACACGAUCUCCAUCAGCGCUGGUACCGGCAAUGGUCGCAAUAGCAACAACAACCACAGCAGCAACAGCAACAAAAAAAGCAGCAACAACAGCAACAGCAGCAGCAACAAAAACAGCAUUAGGCAGUAUCUGCAGUUGUUUGGUUUAUUGCAGCGUAAGCAGUGCAUGCCAGCAGCAGCAGCAUCGGUAUGUAUUAUGUACACUGGCAGUGCUGUCAGCGCUGGCAAUUAGCAGCAACACAUCAAACAAGAAACUAACGUGACGGCAACAGCAGCGGUAAUAGCACCAGCAACAGCAGCAGCACAAAGCAACACAGCAGCAGAGGGGCAUGCAGCAGUUACCUUAGCAACGCACUCCUCUUCAAAGGUAGUACUAGUAGUUCUGCUGCAUAGAUCCACCGUUAGCCUGUCGCACUCUCCUAGCAAUAAUGCAUUAUGUCUGUAAUAGGUCUUGUUGUGUACAGGCCCACAGUAUGGUAUGGAUCAUCACCAAUACUGGCAAUAGCUAGUCAUAGUAUAGGAAUAGAUGUUGCUGUUCGCGGUCUUGACACUGCAUCCUAGAAACUGAAUCAGUAAUGCAUCGUCAUGUACAUGUACAAUGUGCGGCAUAGCGUAGCGCUGACAUCCCUUCUAAUAAUCACACUCCUUGCAUGCCGGGGAAGGCUGCGAUGGCCAGCCACUACAUGUAUAUGAAAAGCAACCGGGGUACUCUGACUUAUGUCCAGCAUGUACAAUAACGUACUCUACACUGUCUUGUGCACAACACAGUCAUACGUUCCUUCUUUUCGUUUUUUAGCUUUUAACACACUCCGCUGUACGACCUGUAGCUCCUUUUAUGGGCACAAGACGGAUACAUAAUAGCAGGAGGUUAUUACAUGUACAUGUAUGUGUUUGAUGAACUCUGGAAGCUAUACUUCAUACAUGUAGCUCAGUGGCCGUGUUUCCCUGUCACAUGCUGGCCGUACAUAUUUUUUUGAACUAUUUUACACGCCCGCUUUCUGCUGCACAUUUGCCAAGGUAUACUCUGCGCUUUUCUAAGCUUUUUUUAUGGUGUGUGUUUCAGCGCCUCUUUUAAAACUCGCUUGUUUUGUGAUCGUGUCUGCGAGAGACACUUCCUAUGUCAAUAAAGGACCAGGAUGAGGGUGUGUGUCUGGCAUGUGAUUCCUA